CUUCUUCUCUAUAUAUAUAUACCCUCCGCUCCCCGUUCUCCAAUGUCCUAAAACAUCAACCAGAUCAAAGAAACAGUGUUGAAGACAAUCCUGCAAGCUGACAUUCAAUUCAAACUUGAAACCCUACAGAAAAACAUGGGAAACUACACUUCUUGUUGUGUUGUUUUUACCUGCUCAAGAAAAGUACCCAAGACUGCAAAACUUAUGGAUUCUCAGGGGAACUUGACGCAGGUAAGUCUCCCAGUGAAAGCUGCAGAGCUUAUGCUUGAAGAACCUGGCCAUGCAAUUUGUCCAUUGCAUGAGCUCAAGCAAAGGAGUCGUGUAAUAGCCAUGCGAGCUGAUGAUGAGCUUUUGCCUGGAAAGGUAUACUUGUUAGCUACUUUAAGUAAGGUAAACUGUAAGAUUUCUGCGUCGGAGGUGGCAAUCAUGGAGUCUGCUAUUGCUGCUUGCGCGAAAAGGUCGAGCAAGAAGAGAAAUGGUGCCAAGGUUUUGCCUGCUAUGGCUGUGGAGAUGAGGGAGUUGGAGGAGGGAUCAGAGGGCGAGGUUAACGUUUUGGAAGGAAAUGAUCUUACGAGCUCUACCAGUUGCCGGUUAGUACUGAAUUAUAGGCAGUGGACUCCGGCGUUGGAACCGAUAUCGGAGGAUUUUUGAUCGGAGAAAUAUUUUUUUUCUCUUAAAUUGUCCAGAUCACUGUUUUUAACCGGGCAUGACCCAGGUUAAUUCAUGACCUUAUCGUUCUGGGCUUUGAUUU